GCGGCCCCGUUCCCCCGCACCGGGGCUCGCCCCGUGCCCCAUUCCCCGCUCCACGUCGCGGUUCCCGGUCGCUCCGAGCCGCGUCACGGGGCGGGCCGCGCCAGGCCGGCCCGAGCGGCGGCAACGCGGGGCCGCGGCAUGAGGCGGCGGCGGCAGCGGCGGGGCCCGGCGGAGCCGCCGACGUGGCCAAUGUAAAGCAGGCUCCAGACAACUGGAAGGGUUCGACCAUGGGGAGCUCCGACAUGGACCAGAAGGCAUCCUACGAAGAUGCCUCCCGGGAGCCCGGGGAGGUCGUCAGCACCAUUUCCAGCAGCAUGAACCCGCUGCAGCCGCCGGACACCUCCUCGGAGGAGCCUUUUACCACCUACUUCGACAGCAAGAUCCCCAUCCCCGAGGAUGAAAAGCAAUCCUGCUUCAGUUUCCGCAAGCUCUGGGCUUUCACGGGGCCAGGAUUCCUGAUGAGCAUUGCCUACCUGGAUCCAGGGAACAUCGAGUCGGAUUUACAGUCUGGGGCUGUCGCAGGCUUUAAGCUCCUGUGGGUCCUGAUGCUGGCGACUCUGAUCGGGCUGCUGCUGCAGCGCCUGGCGGCGCGCCUGGGGGUGGUGACGGGGCUGCACCUCGCCGAGGUCUGCAACCGGCAGUACCAGAAGGUUCCUCGGAUUGUCCUCUGGCUGAUGGUUGAACUCGCCAUCAUCGGCUCUGACAUGCAGGAGGUCAUCGGCUCGGCGAUUGCCAUCAACCUCCUGUCUAUGGGCAAGAUCCCGCUGUGGGGUGGAGUGCUCAUCACCAUCGCUGACACCUUCGUCUUUCUCUUCCUGGACAAAUACGGCCUGCGGAAACUGGAAGCGUUCUUUGGCUUUCUCAUCACCAUCAUGGCUCUCACGUUUGGAUACGAGUACAUCACAGUCAGACCCAACCAGGAGAAGCUGCUCAAGGGGCUCUUUGUCCCGUACUGCCAGGACUGUGGAACGCCGCAGCUGGAGCAGGCCGUGGGGAUCGUGGGAGCUGUCAUCAUGCCCCACAACAUGUACCUGCACUCGGCCUUGGUCAAGUCCCGGCAAGUGAACCGUGCAAACAAGAGGGAGGUCCGAGAAGCCAACAAGUAUUUCUUCAUCGAGUCCUGCAUCGCUCUCUUUGUCUCCUUCAUCAUUAACAUCUUCGUGGUGACCGUCUUUGCCGAGGCUUUCUUUGAGAAGAACAACGCGGACGUGAACACCGUCUGCAUCAACGCCAGCAGCCCCCACUCCUCGCUCUUCCCCAACAACAACCAGACGCUGGAGGUGGACAUCUACAAAGGGGGUGUGGUUCUGGGCUGUUACUUCGGUCCUGCUGCUCUCUACAUCUGGGCCAUCGGGAUCCUCGCCGCCGGGCAGAGCUCCACCAUGACGGGGACGUACUCGGGGCAGUUUGCCAUGGAGGGCUUCCUGAACCUGCGCUGGUCCCGCUUUGCGCGGGUGCUGCUCACGCGCUCCAUCGCCAUCACCCCCACGCUCUUCGUCGCCAUCUUCCAGGACGUGGAACACUUGACGGGCAUGAACGACUUCCUCAACGUCCUCAUGAGCCUCCAGCUUCCCUUCGCUCUGAUCCCAGUCCUGACCUUCACCAGCCUGCCCAGUGUCAUGAAUGACUUUGCCAACGGGCUGUUCUGGAGGAUCGCGGGGGGUCUCCUCAUCCUCCUCAUCUGCAGCAUCAACAUGUACUUCGUGGUGGACUAUGUCAUGUCCCUCAACCACAUGGCUCUGUACAUCGGGGCUGCCGUGCUCAGCGUGAUCUACCUGUCCUUUGUGGCCUAUCUGAGCUGGCUGUGCCUGAUCGCGCUGGGCGCCUCCUUCCUGGCCUGCGGGACAACGCACCACUUGGGACUCGCCGCCUGCCCUGAGCUUUUCCUGCUCAACAGCGUGGACACGGACACACUCGUCGCCAGAUGAUUCCUGAUCCCUGAGGAUAGAACCGGUUUUAGUGGAAACCCGCCCUGGCUCGGGCUCGGCGCUGAGCCGGGCACACGAUGGGACCCUGAGCGCAGCCGGGGUUUGGACAAUGGGACCGGAUGGUCCCGGGAGCGCUGGGAAUUGCUGUGGAGCCGGAGCCUCCAACCUGGUUCCAACCCCAACCUUGGGGUUUGCUUUCAGGUUCCUCAAGUUGUUCCCAUUUAGUUCCCGAUAGUUGCUCUGGGAAGGGAUUCAUCGCCAUUAUUCCGAUUCUGAGUCACUUCUCUCUGCCGGUGGAUGCUAAUCCGUAUCUUUGUUCCUAAUUUGAGGAAAAUUCCAGGUUUGGGAAGCGCAUCAGGGGCAGAGUUCCAUUAGUGAGGGUUUGAGAGACCAGCUUAGGAGGAGCCGCGGCGACACCAGGUCCGGGCCCCUCCAUCAGCCUCUUCCUCAUGGAGAUGCUUCUUCCCAACAGCUCCUCCUUCCCAUGGGUUGUUCCCAGCCCGGAGCUGACUCGGAGCCGGAUCCGCCCGGCACAGGCAGCGUGGAAGCUGCUGUUUGGGGGGAUUCAGUUAAACCCUGUUGUCCUGGUGGGCUCCAGCAUUCUGCAGUCGGGGUCUGCAACCCGCCUGGAGCCGCUUUUCCAGCAUUUCAGGGACCCUCCGGAGCCAAUUCCCAACCCCCUUGAUUCCAGUUUGAUUGAUUUGACUUGAUCGAGGCCGUAUCCUGCUUCUCCUUAAUUAAAUCUGGUUUAAUUCAACUUUUUAUCCAAAUGAAAA